AUGUCACAAUCACUCAAUAAUGGAACAAGGAGGAGCACUCGCGACAAGAAGAAGCCAGACCAUUACGGAAGCUUCGCGGAUCCUCCAAAAGCAAGAAAGAAGUCGCAAAAGUCCAAUCCGACCGCAGCAAACGAGGAUGAUGUCGUCGACGUCAAGUCAGCAUCAUCCAGCAUCAAGAGUUCCGUCCGGAAGAUGGAAAUUGAAUGCAAGAAAGACCGUGCUCUACAAGACAUCGGAGACCAGCAUCGUCAGGCCAGAAAAGACCAUGCUGAAGCAGAAAUUCAAGUUACGAGUCUGAAUAAAGAAAUGGAAAGCUUAAAAGUGCAAGUACAAGAGCUACAACAAGAUUCAUCCGCCGUGGACCGCGACGUCAAGAUUUCUGAGCUACAAAAACAGCAACUCGACACCAAUUCCAAAAUAAGAGCAGCCGAAAAAGAAGUCGCAUUAAAGAAAUUGGAUCUCGACAUCGCUACUGAAGCACACGAAUCUAUGAAACAAAUUAUCAUCAAAGGGGCAGUGUAUGAAAAGCGGAAGGCCGACCUAGAGGAAGAAGAUAGUGAGAGAAAGCGCUCUAUUGAGGAUCUUGCCUUAAUCGACAAGGAAAAAGCAACCAAGAAAUGGGCAGCAAAUGUGGAUGCAGUUUUUUACUCUGAAAACUCCACGUCAGAAUCGGAAGAAGAAUUGUCCGAUGAUGACACUCCACCGUAUCAACCCCACAGAUCAACAACAAUGAAACCCCAAUCCACGUCCCAGAAAAUACUCGCCAGACAAAUACGAGGAAGAGAUUUGCCCCCAUUUUCAAGAGGCCAAGAGUGGCCAGCUUUCAUCCUCGCCUUUGAAAGUUCAACCACAAACUGCCAAUUCACGGAGGGAGAAAACUUGAUCCGACUGCAACGCUCACUGAAGGGAGAAGCAUUGGAACUCGUUCAGUGCCUACUUGUCGACCCCAGAGGAGUCAGAAUCGCCAUAGACAAACUAAGGAAGAGAUUCGGGCGCCCAGGUAUCAUUAUCAAGACAAUGAUGCAAAAGCUACAACAAAUUCCGAAUGUCAAGACUGACAACUACGAAUCAUGGGUGAAGCUCGGAACCGGUGUGGACAACUUGGUCUCCACCAUCAAAUCUUUGGGUGCAAAACAGCAACUAUCAAAUCCUUCACUUGUGGACGAACUUGUGAAGAAAUUGCCUGCUCAAAAAGCUAUGGAAUGGGAAGAAUUCAAAUUGAGGAAGAAACUGGAAUUUCCCUCAUUGUCACAUCUUGCCAAAUGGUUACAGCCAACGGUGGAAGCAGCCUACGCACUGUGCCCACUCCCCGGAACCUCCACAGAGAAAUUGUCGACUGAUAAGCCAAAUCACGACAACCGACGGCCGCCAGCCAACCAGAGAGGAGUCCGAAAGAAUGACCGAGUCAUGGUCACGACAGAGAAGAAUGAAGCCAGACAGGCACAAUCAAAUCAAAGAGGGACCGAGCGGAAAUGUCACUUCUGCAACGGGUCACACGGGCAGCGACACUGUCCCAAAUUUAAGGAAGCCGAUGUAAACAUGCGAUGGGCCAUGGUCAAGGAGAAGAGAUGUUGCAUAGGGUGUCUCAACAGGGGUCAUCGUAUGCACGAAUGCCGAAGCAAACGAGUCUGCGGGAUAGAAGGAUGCCAGCAAACUCACUGCCAAUUACUCCACAACAGAAACGCCAGAAAUUCAGAAGAAUCAUCCCACAUUACGGAACAGCAAAGAAACCAGUCAUCUGAACAGGAAGUUGCUCUCAGCGCAGUCAGCGGACGGAGUAACUCCAACAUCAAUUACAACGUGAUUCCAAUUUACGCCAAGCGAAGAGAUGGACAAUUGUUGCCAAUGUACAUGGUGCUGGAUGGGUACGCAUCGCUCACGUCAGCAGAUGACUCAAUUCGACAGCAAUUAAAUGUGGAUGGGAGGAGACGACCUCUCACGGUGCAAGGAUUUCAAUCCACCACCACCACGCCAAACUCGUAUGAAGUGGAUAUCGAAAUCGUGUCAAGAUUAGAUGGAAAAUCUUACACGUUACGCAAUGUGAGAACAGUCCCCAAGUUGGAUCUGCCAAGCCAGUCAUUAACAAAGGAAACCCUGAAACGAUUCUCGCACAUUGAAGGAACCCCUAUCCUCACUUAUCAAAAUGUUGUCCCAACUAUUCUCGUUGGAAUGGACAAUUUCGAGUUGCAUCUACCUGAAGAAAUGAAGAUUGGAAGAGUUGGAGAGCCAGCAGCAAUUCGCACAGCAAUGGGAUGGGCAUUAGUGGGGCCGACCGCCUCACCCCCAAAGAAAUUGCAUCAUGCAUUUCACAUCAACGACCGACAAGACGACCCACUACAUCAAUUAGUAAAGCAGUUCUUCACUACUGAAUAUGUAGGUGUCAAGCCAAAUCUGGAGAAGCCAAGGUCAAGAGAUGACAUCAAAGCCCAAGUCAUUAUGGACCAGACAAUACGACGAGUUUCGCACGGAUGGGAGAGCGGACUGCUCUGGAGAGAUGAAGAUGUGAAACUUCCCUGCAACAAGAAUUACGCGUUUCAACGCCAGAAGUCCAUGGAGAAGAAAAUGGACCAAGACCCAGAAUUUGCACGCCAGUAUGUGGAGAGAAUUCAGGAAUACCAAGAUAAAGGAUUCGCCAAAAUCCUGCCGCCAGAAAAAGCCGCAAUCGAAACGAGCCGCACUUUCUACCUGCCGCAUUUCAUGGCCUACAACGCCAAGAAACCCAAGAAGUACCGCUUCGUUUUCGACGCCGCCGCCAAAGUAUACGGGAAAAGCCUCAAUGAUCACCUCCUGCAAGGACCAGACAAAUUGGUAUCCUUACCCGGUGCUCUGUUCAAGUUUCGCCAAAGGAGAAUUGGGGUCACAGGGGACAUUAAAGACAUGUUCCACAGAAUCAAAAUCCGAGAGGAAGACGCUUCUGCUCAACGCUUCCUCUGGAGAGGAAUGGAUCGCGACAGAGAUCCCGACGUGAUGGAGAUGGGCGUCCUGAUUUUCGGAGCGUCAUGCUCACCAGCCUGCGCCCAAGAAGCCAAAAAUAAGAAUGCCGAGCAAUUCAAAGAAGAAUUCCCCGACGCCUACAAAGCAAUAGUUCAUCGCCACUACAUGGACGAUUUAUUGGAUAGCUACGACACGGAAGCCCAAGCAAUUCAAAUGCAAAAGGACAUCUUUGAGGUCCACCGCCGAGGGUCAUUCCAUAUCUGCUAUUGGUUAUCAAAUAGCCCAGAAGUUAUGAAAGCAAUCCCUGCAGAACUUCAGUCAAAGACAAGUCAGAGUCUCGACAUCAAUAAGGAGGACCAGAUUGAGAGAGCUUUAGGACUCUUUUGGAUGCCGGAGGAGGAUAACUUCACAUUCUGCUUGAAGUACCUCAAAGUCAGUGAAGACGUCAUGAAAGGAAGACGCAUUCCCACCAAGAGAGAAGUACUUUCACUCGUUAUGUCGGUAUUCGACCCACUCGGAUUCUUAUCCACAUUGACAAUCAAAGCUAAGAUGAUUUUGCAAAGAACAUGGAUAUCAGAGAUAGGAUGGGAUGACGAGAUUCCCUCGUCUACUCAUCAAGCGUGGAAACUGUGGCUGACAUUAUUGGAAAGUAUCACAGAGUUCAAGGUACCGAGAUGUUACAGCCCUACUUUCUCUCGGUCGACAGACAACCAGCUACACAUCUUCGGAGACGGAAGCGAAGAGGCGUUUGGAGUUGUAGCUUACUUUCGGAUCGCACACGGUAGCCAAGUAACUACAGCCCUGGUCAUGGCGAAAGCAAAUGUCGCCCCAAUCAAACACCUCACAAUCCCUCGUAUGGAAUUGCAAGCCGCCGUAAUAGCAGCACGCCUAGCCAAAUUUAUUCAAGAUCAUCAUGAAGUCGACAUCCACAAAACGGUAUUUUGGAGUGACAGUCAAACUGUACUGGAUUGGAUCAGAGCGGACGGAAAACGCUAUCAACAAUUUGUUGCAAGUCGCAUUGGAGAAAUCCACGAACUCACCGACGCAUCGCAAUGGAGGUGGAUUCCCACGAAAGAAAAUCCAGCCGACGAAUUGACGAGGAUGAGUAGCAAUUGCGAUUGGACAUCACAAAGCAGAUGGAUCAAUGGUCCAGAAUUUCUUAAAUUGGAAGAGAAUCUUUGGCCUAUACAGAAGCGCACCAGCAAGAAUGAGAUGACAGCAGAAGCAGAAUUAGAAUUGAAGAAAGAGCAAAUUCUACAAAUAGCAGAGAAGAGAAAGUGCAGCCUUGACGCAUCAAACUUCUCAUCGUGGACACGACUGAUCAGAGUCACAGCGUACAUCUUGAGAUUCAUCGCCAAGAUUCGCAAAGUACCUUCACGAACGGGAGCGCUAUUUCCCUCAGAAUUACGUGCAGCGCAAGUGUAUUGGAAUCGAGUGGCGCAAAUGGAAUCAUUUCCCGACGAAGUAGCAGCACUGAAAAAUGGAACCAGUCUGCCAAACAAGAAUAUCCUGACAGGAUUGAGCGUAAAAUUGGAUGCCGGAUUAUUACGAGUAGCAGGAAGACUGGAAAAUGCAAAUCUACCGUUCCGCCAGAGACGACCGAUUGUCCUCAGUCGUCAUCAUCCCUACGUAAAGCUAUUGGUGCAGUAUUUUCAUGAAAUAUGCGGCCACCACGGUCAAGAAAGAAUUUGUAACGAGAUUCGACAACAGUAUCACGUUAUUGGAAUCCGAACUGCAGUCAGAGCUGCGCAGAGCCGAUGCCAAAGUUGCAAGAAUAGAAGAGCAGUACCAGUCCCACCAGAAAUGGGACAACUUCCGAAGUUCCGCGUCAAAAAUCCCAGGUAUCCAUUCAACAUGACAGGACUGGACUACUUCGGGCCUAUUCAAGUCACAGUCAAGAGAAGUACGGAGAAACGCUACGUCGCCCUAUUUACCUGCCUUGCAACGCGCGCCGUACAUUUGGAGGUAGCAGGAUCGCUCUCCACGGAUUCAUGCAUUAUGGCAUUGAGGAGAUUUUGUGCAAGAAGAGGAUCCCCAGCAGCAAUUUAUUCCGACAACGGAACGAAUUUCCACGGAGCGAAGAAUGAGUUGAAACUCGCCAUGCAGGAACUGAAUCAAGAAAAACUGAAGUCAUCAUGUGCCACCAAAGGAAUUGAGUGGUACUUCAACCCCCCGUCAGCUUCACAUUUUGGAGGAAGUUGGGAGAGAAUGGUCCGAUCAGUCAAGAUCGCAUUGGGAGACACGCUUCUCCUGAAGAACCUGAGUGAAGAAGUGCUCAACACUGUCCUAGCCGAAGCAGAGCACAGCGUCAACAGCCACCCACUUACACACGUCCCAGUCGACCCCAUGGACCCCGAUGUCUUAACGCCUAACCAUUUUUUGAUUAGCAGGUCCAGCAACUUGCAGCCUAUUGGGUCCUUCGACAGACACGACCUAUUUGGGAGAAAGCAAUGGAGAUGUGUCCAAGUGAUGGCAGAUAAUUUUUGGAAGAAGUGGACAAAAGAGUAUCGACCCACGCUACUCCGACGCCAUAAGUGGUGCCAGACCACCAAGCCGAUCAAAGUUGGAGACGUCAUUCUUGAAGUGAACGACAAUUUACCCCGAAAUACCUGGCCAAUGGGAAGAGUGAUCAAGUUGUAUCCAGGAAAAGAUGACGUAAUCCGGGUAGUAGACAUUAUAUUAGCAAAUGAUGUUGACGAAGAGAAGACGGCGACCACGCAAAGUAGUACAAAUGUAAACAAUUAUACGGAUGGGAGAAUGUUGUCGCCGUGA